AUGAAAAUUUCUUCGACGAAUUUACCUCCUGAAUUACCACCCGACACUAAACCACUUCAACAUCAAAUUGGUGGACACUUCUACGGAAAUCCAAAGACAAAAUUCGGUAUAUUACAGCGAUGUUCUACAGGUGUUGUUCUCAAACCUUUCAUUACUGAGGUGCGAGGUAAAUGUGAAUGGCGUUUUUAUAGUGAUGCAUUUUCCGAUCAAGCACCAGAAAAUUUUUGUGCACUUCGACCAUUUCUAGCUGCCCCUUUAGGCAUUUAUCAAUACAAUGAAAUAAACUAUUUAGUUUUAGAAAAUAUCGUUCAAAAAUUUGUUCAUCCAUGUAUUGCCGAUAUUAAAAUUGGUCGAAUUACAUAUGAUUUUCAAGCAAGUAAAGAAGAUAUAGAGAAAUGUCAUCGUAGAUAUCCACCAUUGAAUGAAGUUGGUUUUCAAUUACUUGGUUGGCAAAAUUAUAAUUCAAGAAAAAAUCUGUAUGAUUAUCAUGAUAAAAAUUGUGGUCGAUCAUUAACCAAAGAAGAAAUUAUUUAUGCUAUUGCUCAUUUCUAUGGUGCACCUAGAUCUGAUCAUCGAAAAAUUGUACGAUUAGUACUCGAACGUUUAACUAUCUUGGAACAUAUUAUGACCAAACAACAAGGACUUGUUUUCAUCUCAUCAUCUCUCUUGAUUGUUUACGAAGGUGAAAAUGAUAACGAAAUAAAUUUAUCAUCUGAACCAAAAUUUGAUAUUCGGGUGAUCGAUUUGUGUAAAGUUUUCAAAGUUGAACAAUAUGUUGAUCAAACGGGACUAGAUGAUAAUUUUCUUUAUGGUUUACGUAGUUAUAUGAAUUAUCUACGAAGAUUACUCGAUGAUACAUUUGUUUAUGUACCUAUUGACAAACUUAAUUGUAUUAAUCAAUAG